CCUUCAAGAGAAGUUGAGCAGAGAAGAAUUUAAGAAGAAACUCAAGUAAACUCCACCUUAGCUUUUUAAAUGUAUAAACAGACAAAUCAAAGAGAAAGGGGGAUGGCACACUCCAUUGAGAUGACCUCAAUAGAUGACCAAAUUCCACUUCUUCCUCGAACUAAAAAAGAUGAGAUAGAAGAAAGGUGGAAAGUGAAUGAUCAUUUAAUAGAUAUUGAUGAAAUGUUUGAGGAUUUAAACAAUUCUUCUAUUAAAUCACGUACCAUAUUCAAAGUAAACAUGGGGCUACGUCAAUCAAAUCCAGCUGCUUAUACACCAAAGAUGGUCUCUAUAGGUCCUUACCAUAAGAAAAAUCCUCAACUUGGUCCAAUGAAAGAGUACAAACGAUUAUACCUACGACGAUUUCUUCUACGAAAAGAGGGGGUUGAUAUGGAAAGUUGCAUCAGUGAAUUGGAGCAAUUGAAGGAGAAAGCACUAAAGUGUUACGACGAUAUAGAAGACAUCGACACUGAUAAAUUUUGCAAAAUGUUGUUGCUUGAUGGCUGUUUUGUGGUUGAGUUUAUUCGAGAGCGUUGUCAAAUGUAUCCAGAAGGAGAAGAAGAAAUUAUCAACUUUGCUGGUUACAUAUGUCAUCAAAUAUUCCGAGACUUGAUGUUAGUAGAAAACCAACUUCAUCACAUGACAAAGCAAGAUGAUGAAUUACCAUUGGCAAAACUGGCGAAUGUUUCGUUUAUCUUUUUUAUUGACUUGCCAAACAUGAUAAGAGUAUCCUUUAGAGAGACAGAAUGUAAUGCAGAAAAUAUCAAACAUUUACUUCAUCUAGUACACCUAUUUUCAUGUCAUGGCCGAAAUACCAUGAAAAAGUACUCGAAAUAUGACAUAACGCGACAAAAGGCGAUUCCCAAUGCAACAGAGCUUUCUGAAGCUGGAGUUAGCUUCGUUAAAGUUGGUUAUUCUCAUAAAGAAGACAAUCAUGGGGAUAACACAAGUUUCUUUGAUAUAAGAUUCGAGAAUGGAUUGAUGAAAAUCCCGUAUUUUGAAAUCUUUGAUUAUACGGAAACCUUCCUACGAAUUCUCGUUGCUUAUGAACAACAAUCAUCUGAUGUACUAUCUACAUAUUUCAGUGAUUAUGUAACUUUCCUGGAUCAUCUUAUCGACUCAGACAAAGAUGUGAAUUUGCUUCGCCAGAAAGGAAUCCUAGAGAACUGGAUGGGAGAGGACAAACAAGUGGCUAGCCUCUUCAACAGAAUAGGAAAUGGGGUUGGUGUUUAUUCCAACUUCUAUUACAAUGAAGAAUUUAAAAGAGCCAUUGAACAUUGUGAAAAGCCAUGGAACAGUAUGAAGGCAAAUUUGAAGCAUAAUUAUUUUAGUAGUCCUUGGGUAGGAGCUUCCACUGUGGCAGCCAUCAUAAUCCUCAUACUCACAACUAUACAAACUAUUCUAGCUUUCACAGGUCCCGUUAAGAAGUAGUAUUUGUUGUAACUAAGUAACACAACUGUUGAUUGAGUGAGUGUUUCCUCAUUAUGCAA